GAUUCGGUUGUUGUGUACGUGGAAGAAGUCGGCGCAUGCGCAGGUCGGCCCUCCGCUUCAGCUGUGCGGGAAGGGCUGAGGACAACAUCCCGGGCUCGGGGGAGACGCUCUGGGUCAUGACCACCCUCUGACAGAGCUUGCCGAGUGGAGGAGGAGGCAGGACCGUCCCGCUGCACCCUCCUCGGGCCUGAGUCCGGUCGGCCUGGCCCGUGGCUUUCUUGCCUGGAGUUGCCGCCGUAACUGCGGGCUGAAGAGGGGAGAUGAGUUGGUUCAACGCCUCCCAGCUUUCCAGCUUCGCCAAACAGGCUCUGUCCCAGGCCCAGAAGUCCAUCGACAGGGUCCUGGACAUCCAGGAAGAGGAGCCGAGCACCUGGGCCGAGACCAUUCCCUACGGAGAGCCGGGAAUCAACCCCUCUGUUAGUGGAGGAUGGGACACUUCAACUUGGGGCUUGCAAUCCAACACUGAACCUCAGAAUCCACCAAUAGCCUCUCCUAAAGCAAUUACAAAGCCGGUCCGGAGGACUGUAGUAGAUGAAUCUGAAAAUUUCUUCAGUGCCUUUCUUUCUCCAGCCGAUGUGCAGACCUUUCAGCAGAGUCCAGUGGUAUCAACACCUCCGGCGAAAUCACAACGACCGGAAGAAGGAGUGAAAAGUGCUUUACAGGAACCCUUGCACAGUGGGCACUCAAGGACACCUGAAGCCCCUGAGGUCCAGGUAAAAGACCCUGCUCUGUGUGCGUUGGGGGAGACCUUGGCAGUGGACGCGCUCUCUCCUGAACCUGAAGGCAAGCAUGAAGACGUUGUUAACAAAGAGUCUGAAGUGAAGGUGACAGUUGGACCUUUGAAAGUCCCUGAUAGUGUCAUCGCUGUGACAGCAACUCCAGAGAGCGCAUGUCCUAUCUCCACACAGUCUCUCCUAAGAGAAAGUAAGGAAGCAGCUUUGGAACCCAGGGAACAAAAGCAUGAAGACAGACAGAGUAAUACUCCUUCUCCUCCGGUCAGUACCUUCUCGUCAGGUACUUCUACCACCAGUGAUAUUGAAGUGUUAGAUCACGAGAGUGUAAUAAGCGAGAGCUCGGCAAGCUCGAGACAAGAGACCACAGAGUCCAAAUCAAGUCUCCACUUGAUGCAGACAUCUUUUCAGCUUCUCUCUGCAUCUGCUUGUCCUGAAUAUAAUCGUUUAGACGAUUUCCAAAAGCUGACUGAAAGUGGCUGCUCCUCCGACGCAUUUGAAAGAAUCGACUCCUUUAGUGUGCAGUCAUUAGACAGCCGGAGUGUAAGUGAGAUCAAUUCAGAUGACGAAUUGUCAGGCAAGGGCUGUACUCUAGUACCUAUUAUAGUUAACUCUUCAACUCCAAAGACUAAAACAAUUGAGCCUGUGGAAGGAAAAUGUGAAGAAGAAGUCAAUGAAACAGUUAUCCCCGCUGAGGAAACAGAGAUGGAGGAAAGUGGACGCAGUGCAACUCCGGUUAACUGUGAACAUUCUGAUGUCUUGGUGUCCUGUCCACUAGUAAAUGAAGGCCAGGCUGUCUUAGAGCAGGAGGCCGAGCAGAGCGAAGCUGCUGAAAGCCAGCCGGAAGGACUGUCUGAAAAGGAAGAUGUUUGCAAGACAGUUGAUUUUCUGAAUGAGAAACUGGAAAAAAGAGAGGCUCAGUUGUUAUCUCUUAGUAAAGAAAAGGCCCUUCUCGAAGAAGCCUAUGAUAAUCUGAAAGAUGAGAUGUUCAGAGUGAAAGAGGAGAGCAGUAGCAUCUCCUCCUUGAAAGAUGAGUUUACUCAGAGAAUUGCAGAAGCAGAAAAGAAGGUUCAAGUAGCCUGCAAAGAGAGAGAUGCUGCUAAAAAGGAAAUCAAGAAUAUAAGAGAAGAACUUGCCAUCAGGUUAAAUAGCAGUGAAACUACAGACCUUUUGAAAGAGAAAGAUGAGCAGAUCCGAGGGUUAAUGGAAGAAGGAGAAAAACUCUCAAAGCAGCAGCUACAUAACUCUAACAUCAUUAAGAAAUUAAGAGCUAAAGACAAAGAAAAUGAAAAUAUUACUGUGAAGCUCAACAAAAAAAUUAAAGAACUAGAAGAGGAGCUGCAGCAUUUAAAACAGGUACUUGAUGGUAAAGAAGAGGUUGAGAAACAACAUAGAGAAAAUAUUAAAAAAUUAAACUCCUUGGUUGAACGUCAAGAGAAGGAGCUCAGUCGACUUCACGUAGACAUGGAUGAACUUGAAGAAAAGAAUCGAAGUAUUCAGUCUCUCCUGGAUAGUGCAUACAAAGAACUUACUGAUCUUCACAAAGCCAAUGCUGCAAAGGAUAGUGAGGCACAGGAAGUUGCUCUGAGUUGUGAAAUUAAAGCAAAGGAAGAGCUUUCUGCAGCCCUGGAGAAGGCCCAGGAAGAAGCCCGUCAGCAGCAGGAAACGUUAGCAAUUCAAGUGGGGGACCUUAGGCUGGCAUUACAACGCACAGAGCAAGCCGCUGCCAGAAGAGAGGAUUAUUUACGCCACGAGAUCAGUGAACUCCAGCAGAGACUCCAGGAAGCAGAGAAUAGAAACCAAGAACUGAGUCAAAAUGUUUCAUCAACAACAAGACCAUUGCUUCGACAAAUAGAAAAUUUGCAAGCAACCUUGGGGUCCCAGACGUCGUCGUGGGAGAAGUUAGAGAAGAAUCUAUCUGACAGGCUUGGUGAAUCUCAGAGCUUGUUGGCAGCAGCAGUUGAACGAGAACGUGCAGCUACUGAAGAACUCCUUGCCAACAAAAUUCAGAUGUCUUCCAUGGAGUCACAGAAUUCGCUCUUAAGACAAGAAAAUAGUCGGUUUCAAGGCCAGCUAGAAUCUGAGAAAAACAAACUAAGAAAGCUGGAGGAUGAAAAUAAUCGGUACCAGGUUGAACUGGAAAACCUAAAAGAUGAAUAUGUAAGAACACUUGAAGAGACAAGGAAAGAAAAGACAUUCCUGAAUAGCCAGUUAGAAAUGGAGAGAAUGAAAGUUGAACAAGAAAGGAAGAAAGCAAUUUUCACUCAAGAAGCAAUAAAAGAAAAGGAACGCAAGCCGUAUUCUGUUUCUAGUACCCCCACGAUUUCACGCUCGAGUUCAAUAAGUGGAGUUGAUAUGGCAGGGCUACAAACAUCCUUUCUUUCUCAGGACGAACCACAUGAUCACUCAUUUGGACCAAUGUCUGCAUCCACCAGUGGCAGCAACUUGUAUGAUGCCGUACGGAUGGGGGCAGGAUCAAGCGUUAUUGAGAAUUUGCAGUCUCAGCUAAAGCUAAAGGAAGGAGAAACUACUCAUUUGCAGCUUGAAAUUGGCAAUCUGGAAAAAACCCGAUCAAUAAUGGCUGAAGAGUUAGUGAAAUUAACAAAUCAAAAUGAUGAACUUGAAGAGAAAGUAAAGGAGAUACCUAAACUUCGAACUCAGCUGAGAGACUUGGAUCAAAGAUACAACACUAUUCUGCAGAUGUAUGGAGAAAAAGCAGAGGAGGCAGAAGAGCUUCGACUAGAUCUCGAAGAUGUGAAAAAUAUGUACAAGACUCAAAUAGAUGAACUUUUGGGGCAAAGACUCAGUUAACUUCUGAAAAUUCCAUUUCCAUCAAACUGAAUGUAGACAUUUAAUAGUUAAAUGCAGACUUCCAAUAAAUUCUUUUAAAGAAUUAGAAAAUGGGACUUGAUUUACUGUAGAGUUCAGGAAGUUUUUUAAAUUGCUUUACAGUGUACAGUCCUAUUUUCAGUUAAAUUAUUUUGUGCAAUAUUUGAACUUUAUUUUUGAAACUCUUCUUUAGAGAUUAAUUUUUUAAAGCAUCUGUUUUGUUUUGCUUUGUAUAUCACAGAUUUAUCACUUUAUCCUCUUAUCAAUAUGGUUAUAGAAGGAGAGUGGUGUUCAUAUAUAUAUAUUGUAGAAAUAUAACUAAUUGUAUCUAUAAUUUGUAUGUGUAUGUAUAUAUUAAGAACAUUUUAAGGUAAUGUUAACAUAUUGAAACUUUGGAAUCUUUUACACUUAAAUCUUCAGUGUGUCUAAACACUACUAAUGACAAUGUAGAUGAAAUGUUCACAUAAAAAAAAACAAGAAAAUUACCGGUGGUUAUUAAAUUUUGACCUAAAUUUAUUUUUUAAUGUAGAAGUCAUACUGAUGCUGUCUGAAAUCAAUUUAACGGGUGAACGAUCCAAA